GCGCACCUUAUUUUUUCAGGUACAAGAAAAUAUGAAAGUAAUGAUAAUUUUUUUAUGUCUGGUUUGUUUACAUAAAGUGUUUGGUCAUGACUUGUUCAGUUCAGGUGACUGUUUAGAGGCACACAACAACCUGCGAAAACUUCACAGUAAUACUAAUAAUGUUGGGUACUCAAAAGAACUUGAAGCAGAAGCACAGAUGUAUGUGGAUCAGCUGCAACAGUCUGACACAACUAUAGAUGUGCGCCCAACACGAAUUUUGCCAAAAAGACGUAAAAGACAUGUACAUGAUGUGGAUCCUAACAAGCAUUUAGAAAGUUGGGAUGGAGAAAUUUUUUUUCCUUCUGCGUCAUGGAGGCGUAACGACAACAGGGUCAUGAAAAUUGGAGAAAAUAUUCAUAAAUUCUGUUGUUACACCUAUCCACAUUGCCCGAGACAAUUCCUCCACAAUUUGGUAUUUCCACCUACUGCCAGUGGCGUGGUUAAAGACUGGUACAACGAAGAGAUUAACCAUUAUGAUUUUGCAAAUGGUGUCAAAACUAGCUCCUACUCGCAGAUAAAUCAUUUCACAAACAUAGUUUGGAGAAAGACAACUAAGAUUGGCUGUGCGCAAUCGCAAAUGACUGCCGAUAAGUGUGUUUAUACCAUCGUUUUGUAUGAAGAGGAAGGAAGUUUUGGUGAUCCAGAAAACUUUAGGAAAAAUGUAGGGGGUUUAGAAAGUGUAGAGAGUGACUCUGGAAGUCGGAUACUAGUUAUCUUCCUAGUGAUCUUCUUCAUUGUGUUGAUUGUUGCUGCUUUUGUCUUGUGUUACUGCUGUCGAGAUAAAAUGCAUGAUAAAUAUGUGGAUGUUAAAAUCAAGGUGGACACUAUGAAAGCAGAGCAAGAGCUCGAGACAGAUUCCACAAGCUUUUGGUGGUUGAGGAUUUGUAGAAGACGGCAGGUUCAAAAACGUCGGACAACUGUUUCCCGCCCAAAGCACAUGUCGUUGAAAGAAAGACCUACAAUUGAAGUGAUACCGAACUCUGCUCCCCAGAGGACAAGGCCACCGCCGCCUAGAGUGAGAGGACAAAGUAACGCAGCAAUGAUCAGCAGAUAUCAAGGAAUCAGUAAAAAACCUGAAAGUCUUCCUGUUAGAGAUAACCACGGGUAUGAACCUAUGAACCUGCCUGUAGCAAAUAAGCCUGUUGCUAAUAAACCGGCGUUUGGAAGGACACCGAGUUUAUCCGGGAAAGCACCCCCUCCGCCAGUCCCUGUAGGUAAAAUGCCGAGCAAUCCAUUAAUGCUUUCUCGUCCACCAGCACCAUCCCAUCAGCUUCCACCAAGACCACCUGUUGCAAAAACACUAAGCAACAAUGAAGAGCGACAGCGACUCGCAAGGACGCCUCAACCAGUAUCAAAAACGCCUAGUAAUCCUAUAAAUAAACUGCCAAAUGUACCAUUAAAACCUCUUGUUCCUGGCAAACCAAGUCCCAAACCUGCAGCUAGACCGUCUCCUGCACCUAGAAAGGGCGUUGCGCCUGCAAAUAGUUUUAAUAGCAAUUCUGUUAAUCAAAGCAAGCCACUGUUCCCUCCUGUCAAGCCUAAAAAUACAAUUGCUGAUGUCUAUGAAAACGACGAUCAUCCAAACAGGACAGUAGCCGAAAUGAAGAAGUUAUUAGAAAAUAAAUAAUAUUCAGAUUUUUCUUCUUUUCGGAAAUAUUCUAUUCUUAUUCAGCGAUAAAUAUUUCUUCCGGGGUUUGCAGCUGUGUUAACAAAACAUUACUUAUUUCAGGAUUCCUCAAUUCUCCUAAGUGUCUCGAUUUCUUUUGAAAUUUAGGUUUUCUUUAAAAUCUCAAAAAGAAAUUGACAUUUGGUUAUUUUUUAUAUAUGCUAGUUUUUAUAUUAUUUAUUUUGAAUCACCACAAUUUGUGGUUGCUGUGGCCUGCAAACAUUACUUUUUAUUGUUGUGUUUGUACUUGAAGUAGUAUUUCUUAGUAAGAACAUAUUGAGAUGCCAGUCUGUGUGUUCCUUCAUUUUUACAAGUGCAAGUUUUCUCCUCAAAUUUCCUAAUUUGUUUUUAAGAAAGAGUGAGAACCCUGUUAUUUUACCUAGGAGAAUUCGUUUUUCAUCUUUGAUUUUACUGAAGUAUUUUUUUUAUUUGUUUCUUGUUUAUAUUAUUUUUUCUUUUAUUAUGUAAAUAUUUAUUUAAGUACAUCCUUCCAACUUUAGGAUUUUCCUAUUUAUUUUUAAAUGCUUUUUUUACACAAGUUUACACGGUUUUCGACUCACUUAACACUGUCAAGCGUCUCUGUGUUUUAAAAAAAUUAUAAGACGCGUUGUGAAUACCCUCAUGUAGUUUACAAAAAAUCUUGUUUCGCAUUUUAUUGAAAGGAUGUGUAAUAUUCGAGGAUAGCCAGCUAAAUGAAAAUAAGGCCAAGGAACAUACAAUUUUUUCAUUCCCAAAUUGGAAACUAAUCAACGUAAUUUUUUUCACUGACGUCACUCAGUGAUUUUGGUCAGAAACAGACUCGAGGAAAUUUCAGUUACGAAACUGGUGAAUCACUUAGUUGGUUUCAAAAUACAUUGUUGUUUCGUAAAUGAAAACAAAAUAGUUAUUAAUAAAUGUUUUAAAUUACGUGUUUGCACAUGUUUUAAAUCCCUUUCCUGUUAUGAACUGUUUUGAUUGUAUUCCACCUUCCAUAUAAGGAAUUAUAAACUAAAUUCACUACAGUGGGCGAUGAAAGUUCGAAAAACGUUUACCCUGUUUCACCUACUAUAUGAGGAAUUAUCAAUUGACAUCUUAGGUUGAUCGUACCGAGCUUGAUGUAAUUACGUUGUUUCUGCUUGGUAUUUCAGUUUCGUUGUUCAAUACGUUUUUUUAUACAGGAAACGGCAUCCUAGUAAUAACCCUGGGAGACGAAAUACUGUAAAAAAAAAAUUCUUUUUCACUUGUAAUCUACGAUAAGAUUAUUAUUAUUGUAUAAUUUUCUAAAUGCUUUGCUAUUUAACUUGUGCUCCCUUAUUGCUAAAGAAAACACCACUUCUUGUUCAAAUCACUUGCUUUUUAAACAAUCGUGUAAAACUUUCUCACGUUUCUUAAAUUGACAAAUUGUAAAAGCUCUAGCCACUACCGCUGUUAUUACAGAGACGAACGUGCCCACCGCGUUCCCAGGAGAGUUUCUUCGAUUUAUAAGGCCGGAGACGAAGUUGGGCAAUUACUAUAUUUUUUGUACUUUAUAAUUUCGUUUAAUUAGAAGUGGAACUCCACUUUAUCAACUUUGUACAAACGAGGGAUUGUAUUGAAUAAAAAUAUUGAAUAAAGAA